GUCAAGGGGAGAGACCUAGACGCCGUCAGGCUUGAAAUCGACGAGGAGAUAAGGACGCUGAACCACCAGAAGAAAGCAGCAAUGCGCGACUCUGAGGACAUCACUCAACAGAUGAUAUCUCAGAUCAUGCUCCUACUACGAUUAUUUGGUAUCCCAUAUAUCACCGCACCAAUGGAAGCCGAAGCCCAGUGCGCCGAGUUGGUGUCGCUAGGAUUAGUGGAUGGUAUCAUCACGGAUGACUCGGAUGUAUUUCUCUUCGGCGGCCAGCGUGUCUUCAAGAAUAUGUUCAAUCAGUCUAAGACUGUGGAGUGUUUUCUUCUAUCUGAUCUUGGGCGUGAACUUGGGCUAGAGCGUGGAACACUGAUUAGGCUGGCAUACCUGCUAGGGAGUGAUUACGUUGAGGGUCUAUCUGGAGUGGGGCCGGUCGUGGCAAUGGAGCUGCUGAAAGAAUUUCCGGGCGAGGACGGGCUUCAUAAAUUCAAAGAUUGGUGGCUGAAGGUACAGAGCGGUCGGGACAAGGAUGAAGAAAACAAGUCCAAGUUCCGAAAACGUUUUAAGAAAAAAUACAAGGAUCUAUACCUACCACAAGAGUGGCCCAAUGCAGCAGUGCGGGAUGCCUACUAUCACCCUACGGUAGAUUCAUCGGAAGAACCAUUCAAGUGGGGCCUACCCGACCUUGAUGCUCUACGCGAUUUCCUUCGUGAGGAGCUAGGAUGGGGUCAAUCCAAAGUUGACGAUCUUCUUCUACCGAUUAUUCAAAAGAUGAACAAACGAAAGCAGGCUACAUCCUUGAAUAGACAAGGCAACCUUAAUAACUUUCUAGAUGUAGCGCCGGGAUCACAUGCACCGCGGAAACGUCAGGCGUAUGCAAGCAAACGGUUGCAGCAGGUCGUCUCAGAGUUCCGCAGUGAACAAGCCAAACUUAAAGGGAAACAGCCGACGUCUGAAGAAGAUAAAUCAGAAUCCGACGUCGCGGAGGACGUACCCCCUAAGAAAAAAAGAAAGACAGGGGUACAAGGAACAAGAAGAAAAGGUGGGACCAAAACGGCCGUAGAUAAUUCUAAGGAGAAGAAAUCUACUGUCAGUCGUAAGAGGGGUCGCGGAGGACGAGCAGGCACGACUUCUGGAAGUCGAAAGAAUGACACUGGAUCUGUAAUUCCUUCAAAAGGGAGUGAGAGUGCAGACGAGUACAAGGGUGACAGCGGCCACGAGGCAGAUAGGAGGGCACCUUCUCUCGCGGUCCAGCUUCGACCGCGAGCGAGACCGAUACCGAAGGGGAGCCAACAUAUUGUAUCAAAUGCGUACGAAUCGGAUGGAACAUGAGCGGGAAUAAAACCUACUAUUUUCAAGUACAUGUGCACGCUGGGCGGCCCUGAGUUCUCUGAAGUUCAAAUCUGGAAAAGACGAUGAAUUUUAGUAGUAACAAGUCUCGGUUCGGAUCCGUCAGUACAAGCUUGGUUUGUUGUCCGAUCAAAUGCAUUGGCUGAAAGAGAU